GGCGGCGCGGACGGAGGCGGCGGGAGCUGCCCGUUCCCGGUGCGGGAGCGGGGCCGGGAGCGCGCCCGGGAGCGCCCGGCUCUCCUCACGGGGCUCCCGCACUGCCGCCACUCCAUGUGAUGUCCAGGGUCAGAAAUGCCUUAUGUGGAUCGCCAGAAUCGCAUCUGUGGUUUCUUGGACAUUGAGGAAAAUGAGAAUAGUGGGAAAUUCCUGCGGAGGUACUUCAUCCUGGACACGCAGGAGGACAGCCUGGUGUGGUACAUGGAUAACCCACAGAAUCUUCCCUCUGGAUCUCCACCUGUUGGGUGCAUUAAACUUACCUAUAUUUCAAAGGUUAGCGAUGCAACUAAGCUGAGGCCAAAGGCAGAGUUCUGUUUUGUUAUGAAUGCAGGGAUGAGAAAAUACUUUCUACAAGCCAAUGAUCAGCAGGACCUAGUUGAAUGGGUAAAUGUUCUGAACAAAGCUACCAAAAUCACAGUAAGUGGUUGAGUUGAUAUUUAGCAGUGCUUUCAAAUGUGACUGUCUCUGUGUGCUUAAAUGUAACCUUUGCCUCCAGUUUCUAUCACCACAAACAAGUCUUGGCUUGACUUUGCAGUACUGUAGAGAACUCCCCCUAAGUCUGAGUUUAAUUUUGGAAAUUGGACACAAGAUGAUCUUUUUAAUUACAA